UUCAUAGUUUAGUUACGAUUUCGAAAACGACCCGACGCGUCCCGCCGCCGGCGAUUCCCCUUAUUUCUCUCGAAUCCAUUUUCGCUUUAACUUCAUCAAGUUCUCGAUACUUGUCACUUUGAAUUGUGUGAUUGUGUUUUGAUUGUGUGUCAAGACGAUUUGUGAAUUGGAUUUUGUUUCACCUGUUGUCUAUAGGAUCAUAGCUCGUCCUUUUCAAGAAGUGACCAGCCCCCCCUCUCAAUCAGUGAUGACAAACCGCUAGCACGAUGGGGGUGACCGACGAUUUUGCCCCGAGCUUCACGCAGAAGCCCCAGCUUCGCCAGGAGGACGAUGGCAACAAGCUGGUGUUCGAGUGCCAGCUCCUGGCGUCUCCGAAGCCGGAGAUCAGCUGGUACCGCAGCGAUGAACUGCUCAAGGAGGAUACUAGGACACAGUUUAAGAUCCAGAGUAUAGCCAACGACAAAUUCCUGGUGGUGCUGGAGCUGGAUGACGUGAUCGAGACCGACGCGGGGCUCUACAAAGUUAAGGCUAAGAACAAGAUGGGCGAGGUGGCCGCCUCUAUUAACCUUAACUUUAGCCCCGCGGAUGAAGAAAAACAGAAACAAGUAGAUGGUAAAGCACCAACGUUCGCGCGCAAGCCGGCCAUCAGACAAGAGGAUGAUGGCAAGCGGCUCAUCUUCGAGUGCAGGAUCGAUGCUGAGCCAGUGCCCACCGUCACGUGGUCCCACAACACAGGAGAGGUCAAACCGAGCUCGAGACAUAAGUUAUCAGUGAGCAAGGACGGUAAAUCAUACUACGCCUCUUUAGAAAUAAACAACGUGACUGUGGAAGACGCUGGCAAAUACCGAGUGACGGCUAAGAACGAACUUGGCGAAAGUAACGCCACGAUCAGCUUGAACUUUGAUAGCGAUGAUGCCCCCGCGCCUGAAGACUUUAUCAAACCUACGUUUACGGAGAGACCAGUCAUCAGGCAAUCGGAGGAUGGUACUAAAAUCACAUUCGAAUGUCGAUGUGUUGGCAAACCGAAACCAACCGUUACAUGGUACCAUGGAAAGAAGUUAGUAAAAGAAAGUAGUCGAUACAAAAUUUCAUUAGAAGAGGACCAAACAUUAUAUCAUAUGGCACGAUUAGAAAUUAUAGGCGUAGAAAAUUCGGAUAAGGGAGAAUACAGGGCUGUAGCGAAAAACAAACACGGCGAAGGCGUAGCUAAAAUAAAUUUAAAUUUCCAGGGUGGGGAUAAACCAAAAAUCCCCGAUGGGAAAGCACCUAGAUUUCCGAAAAAACCUACAAUACGACAAGAAGGGGAUGUCUUAAUUAUGGAAUGCAUACUUGAAGCACAUCCCGUGCCAGAUAUUACGUGGUUCCACGGGGAUAAAGAAAUUAGGGAUGGUAAUAAAAUGAAGAUGUCCAGAAAAGCUACUGGAAAGGACACUUUCAAUCUCACCCUAGAAAUUUUGGGUCCCACUAAGGAAGAUGGGGGAAAUUAUAGGUGUAAUGCUUUCAAUUUAUUUGGUGAAAGCAAUGCCAAUAUUGCUCUUAACUUCCAAGGGGGAGAUGACGAAAAUGGUUUCGCACCAUCGUUUAUUGAAAAACCUCGAAUAAUUCCGAAUGAAGAUGGCACACUCAUUACAAUGCGUUGUGUCUGCAAAGCAAAGCCGGCGGCAGAAGUCAUUUGGUACCGAGGCACAAACGUAAUUAAGGCUAGCAGUAAAAUAGAAAUCAAAUCAUCUGUUAUAAAAGAAGAUGUUUAUGAAUUAAUAUUGCUCUUAUCUAAUCCGACGGCAGCGGAUGGUGGCGCUUACCGCUGUUAUGUUCGGAACGAAUUCGGAGAGAGCAAUGCUAAUCUAAACUUAAACAUUGAGGCUGAACCAGAACCUGAAGGAGAGGGGCCAACAUUUGUUGAAAAACCUACCAUUCAGUCAAAAGAGAACGGUAAACUCGUAAUAAUGGGUUGCAAAGUAAAAGCUAGUCCAAGACCAACGAUUGUGUGGUACCACGAAGGCAAAGAAGUUAGGGAAUCGUCAAAAAUAAAGACCCGGGUCGAAGUAAAAGAAGACAUUUACACUAUCAUUUUGGAAUUAAUCGAUCCUGGUAUGGAAGACUCCGGAUUGUAUAAAUGCAACAUCAAGAAUGAACUUGGAGAGCUCAAUGCAAAUCUAACGCUCAAUAUUGAAAUCAUUCCAGUUAUUAAAGAGAAGCCGAGGAUCAUUAAAAUAAUAAAAAAGAAAACAGUCAUUGUUGAAUGUAAAGUAUUAAGUAAAUUUGCACCUUCUUGCACAUGGUACAAAGAAGCAAGUGCUGUUAGGGAAGAUUCUAGGCACACUGUUCUAAUAGAACCUAUUAGAGAAGGUGAAUUUGCAGUGAAAUUAGAGAUCUCAAAUAUAUCACAACAAGAUCGAGGCUCAUAUAAACUUGUUGCGAAGAACGAGAAAGGUGAAGCAACUUCGCAACAAGUUGAAAUUACUGAUAUUCCUGAAGAAAAGGGAGAGAAGCCACAAAUUAUAAAACACCUUAGAAGUUUGGCCAGAAAAGAAAACGAAGAGGCUGAAUUCAUAGCAGUACUAAAGACUUCAGAUCAAUCAUGCAGAUGUACCUGGUACAAAAACUCGACUGUGAUUAGAGAUUCUUCGGAAAUUAACACGUCAUUUGACGGUACAAAUGCGCGACUGAUCAUAAGAAAAGUCACAUCAAAAUACGUAGCUAACUAUAGGGUCGUAAUCAAAAAUGAAUAUGGCGAGGAUGAAUCUAGCGCUGACUUGACCAUAAUUGAAGAAAAGAAAAAGAAAAAAGAGGAAGAGGAGGAAGAAACUGUAAUGGAAGAAUCUGAAGAGGAAAUGUCAAUUGUUGAAGAAAAAUCAGUCAUCGAAGAAAAUCAUAUUGAGGAGAGAAAGGAAAAACAGGAACUAAAACGUAAAGAGGAAGAAGAGGAGGAGGAAGAAGAUGAAAAAACUAUUAUUAAAAAGAAAAAAAUGGCCUCUAAGAAAGUUUCAAAAAAAGAGGAGUUUAAAGUAGAAGCUCAACAAGAAGAGGUCCAAAUCGAAGAAAAUAAGACAGAAGCUCAGGUAGAAGCAAAGAAAACAGAAGCUAAAUUUGAACAAAAGAAAGUUGAAACCAAAUUACAAACAAAAGAGGAACAAAAGAAAGCCGAAAUUGAAGUAGAAGAAGCUAAAAAGAUUCUUGAAAAGAAGGCUGCGAAAACAGAGGAAGAAAAGAGGGCUCUUUUAGAGAAAAUUGAGAAAAAGAAAACUGAAAAAGAACCUGAACCUGAGAAGAAAAUCGAAGGCAUUCCAAAACUAAAACCCGUUAAACCCAAAGAGGAACCCAAACCUGAAGAAGAUAAAAAAGAAACUAAAAAGACUGAGGAAAAGAAGAAAAGUGUCAAAAAGAAGGUUGCUACCAAAAAGAAAGAAGUAAAAGACGAUGAAUUCGACUUUGUUGACGAUUACGAGCGUCCAGUAUUGGAGAAAUAUGAAAAAAUUACACCAACACCACUUGAAAAAAGAUCAAAAUUUAGUGACAUGCCUCAGACUAAACGUGCCUCUCUAACGGAGAGUAUUAAAAGUCAACCAGAGGAAAGUGAUGAGGAGGAGCCUUCCGUAGCUACUCCAGCACCAGAGAAAAAACCAAAAGUUGAGCCAAAAGAACAGGUCAAUGAAGCUCCAAAGCGUUCAAGCAUCAAAAAGGGCAUUCCCAAACCAGAAGAACCUGUAGAUGAAUUGUCACAAGUCAAAUUAGGCAAAGUACCAAUCAAGCCAGUUGAAGAACCGACUGAAGAACCACAAGUUGCGCAAAGCAAAAAGCCUAUCAGAAAGCCCGAUGAACAAAAAGAGUUUGUAGAUGAUUAUGAAAGACCGGAUCUGGAGAUAUACGAUAAGAUAUCUCCAACAGCGUUAGAAAAAACAAAGAAACAGAAUGGAGUCAAAGAGGAGUCUCCUGAAUUCGUAGAUGAUUACGAACGUCCGGAACUUGAGAAAUUUGAAAAAUAUACUCCUACUCCUAAAACGAAACGUAGACCUAGUGAUACACAGGAUGAGAGUGAUGUGAUGAAAGGUAAAAUUAAACCUAAAGGACAGGAAGAUGAACCCGAAUUGCCAACGCUACGGAAACGAUCAGUAGCAAAGGACAAGGAAGAGGAGCAAAAACCCGAAGAGAAACCAAAGGCAAAGGCUGUUAAAAAAGAUGAACCGAAAGCUAAAAAACGAACUUCUCUUAAAAAGAAAGAGGUGGAAGAGGCAGAAUUUAUCGACGAUUACGAAAGGCCUGUUCUUGAAAAGUACGAAAAGUUUACACCAACACCCAUUGAGAAAAAGAAAAAGGAGGAUAAACAGCCAGAAGAAGAAGCACCUUCGUCUGAAACAGUUGAAAGAAGACGAUCUCUUAAGGAAAAAGAUAAACCUGAGACUAUGGAUAUUGACGAAAAUGUCAGUGUUACCAGGCCAAAAGCACCGGCUAAACCAGGGCAAAAAGCUGAGCCAAUGGAUGUUGAUGAAAGUGUCAGUCUCACAAAGCCAAAAACUCCAUCAAAGCCAGGACAAGAGCCUGAAGACGUUUCACUCACACACAAAACGCCGGCUGAAAUAAAGCCUACGGAGGGCGAAGCAGAAGCGAAACUGAAGGUUAAAAAACCUGAAAUAGUUGACAGUAAAACUGUUAAGUUACCUUCAGGAAAAGACAAGGGUGACAAGGAUGAGGAUACUGAAGAAUCUAUAAGCCUCGCCAAGCCGAAAACUAAGACAACCGCCCCUGAAGAGGCUUCUCUCACACAAAAGAAACCUGCUCAGAAAAAAAAAACGGAGGGUACAGAAGCCGCAGAACUUAAGGUCAAAAAACCAGCUGUGGUCAAGAAAGGACCUAAACUUGAGGACCCUUUGACAGUCAAGGGAGGUAAAUUCGAAUUGCCUCAGCUAAAGAAAACGGUAAAGAAGACACCGGAAAAACCCAAAAAGGCAACCGCAACUCAUGAAUAUGAUGAUCUCGAUGAUUACAAAGAAAAUGUUCGAGGGUACGAAUUGGACUUCGUUGACGAUUAUGAGAGACCAGUUCUAGAAAAAUAUGAAAAAAUAUCGCCUACCCCAAUUGUUAGAGACAAAAAAGAAAAAGAGGUUGCCAUGGUCGAUAGCAGAAGAACGUCCGUUCAAACUGCGGAGAUGCAAAUGGUCGCACAACAGCAACAGUUUCUCGCGGUUAAGACUGAAAGCAGACGGGAGUCUAUUCAAAGUGAUGUCUCAGAAACAAAGACAGAGAGCCGAAGAAGCUCUAUAAUUGAAAGCAAAGGUCUUAAGACAGCAACAUUAACAACAGAGACUUCGGAGAGUAGAAAGUCUUCGGUGGCGUCAAUUGGUGAAGAAAAGGUUGGAUUUAAAAAGACUGGGCUCAAGACCAGGGUAUUGGUCCCAGAACAAGAAGUCAAUGAGUUAGCAGCAAUAAAAACUAGACUGAAGGAUGACGAUAAAGACGAAGAAGAUCACAUAAGCUCAGAAUAUGAUGACACAAAUAAGGAAAAUACACACCCGUGGCGACCUACGAAAACACACACACAGGAUGCUCCUGAAAAGACGCAACGUAGUCUUAGCGUAGACCAGCCAAAAUCAAAAGAAGUAAAGCCUAGACGUCGACAUAGUAUAAACGAGGACACGGAAGAUUCCGAUACAGAAAUUAAGGAAAAAACUAAAGUAAAGCGAAAAGAUUCAGUCGACCGCCCUACGGAACCUCGGAAACGACCUAGUAAAACUGAGGAAGUAGAAAAAGAUAAGGAUCAACCAAAUACACGAAUAAUAGAGAAAACGCAACUUAAGAGAAAGGUUUCAAUCGAUCGUCCUACAGAGCCUACUUAUCCUUGGCGAAGGCCAAGUCAAGCAGAUGAGGAAAAUGAAAAUGUUGAAAAUAUGGAAGUGGAUAACGUUGAACCUUAUAAUAACGAAGAAACUUCUGGUGUUUCUGAUAACAUCAAGCCUAAAGUAGACAAAAAAACAAAAGACAAAUCAGUAUCUAAGCCUAACAAAGACACUUCUUUGCCUAGUGAAAAAACAGAAACUGACCCAAAAUCGGAACCGACAAAUAAAAUCCCAGCCAAGCCUGUAAAAGUUGACACGAAUGAGAACGAUAAACCAGAUAAAAUUGAUGAAAUUCAGAAGCCAUCCGAAGAACAAACUCCAGAAGAUAAAUAUCCUUGGCGUCGUCAAACUAAAGCUAAAGAGGAUGUUGAGGAACCCAAAGAUAAAUUGAGUAAACCAAAAGAGCAAAGGGCAUCAGAUGACAUAACACAAAAAGAUACAACAGAUAACACUAAACAAGAGACAAUUUAUCCGUGGAGAAAACAAAAGGAGGUACCUCUACUCCUUACACCAGAGCCAGAUACUAAAGAGAAAGAAGUACCUUUCUCUUGGAAAGUUAUUCCAGAAAUACCACAGGCUGAACAGACACCAGAGUUAGAGGAUAGUUAUAAUCCUACGUUACGCGAAACACAAGACACAACUGUGCCUUGGAGAAGGUCUAGAUCUCCACAGGCUGGCACUGAGGACAAAGACGAGAAAACCCCAGCUUCUUUAGGAAUCCCACAACCCACUUUAAGCAGCCCUCAAACCAACGAGAAAGUACAAGUAGAAGAGAAAAAGGUAGAAGUAGAAGAAAAAAAGGCUAAGGUUACAAUUCCUAAGAUAAAGAAAGCCGAAGAUUUACCCGAGAUUCCUGACUACGACAGACCUGAUCUCGAACAAUAUGAAAAAAUUUCACCCACGCCUAGUACUAGGGACAAACCAGAAAAAGACAAGCCGGUUGAAAAACCAAAGGUGCCAGAAAUCAAGGCACCAGAAGAAGAAACACCUAAACCAAAAAUUGAGGUUAUACGAGACAAAUCUCCGAAACCGGAAGGACCAAGAAAACCAUCUCUAUCACCAGCACCUCCUGGCAGGAGAGGCUCUCUCAUUCCACCUCCAGAGGAAAUGGGUAGACGACCAUCACUCAUAAUAAGUGACGAGGAAAAAAGAAAACUAAGACCCGGUGAGGUGAUCGAAGAGAAGAAGGUCAAGAAAUUACGUCCUGGAGAAGUUUUAGACGAGAAAAAGAAACGCGCCGGAAGGCCUGGUCAACUCGAGAACGAGCGAAGAAAAUCUGGUGAUGUGAGAAGGCCAUCUAUUCAAGACUUAGAAGACUUGAUCAACAAACCAUCUGUACCUUUGAAGCCUCAUGGAAAUGAAGGACCGCCACAAAUUCUUGAUGCUCCAGAAAGCAACUCUGCUAUUGAAGAUCAAACUGGAUACCUUACUAUACAAGUGGAAGGUAACCCAGCACCCACGUUCAAAUUCUACAAAGGAGUGUCUGAAAUUAUUGAGGGUGGUCGUUUCAAGUUCGUAACAGAUGGCGAAACAGGUCUCAUCACACUCUGUAUGAGGAAAGUGAAACCUAUCGAUGAAGGGACAUACAGGGUUGUUGUUAGCAAUAUCCAUGGAGAAGACACGGCUGAAAUGUCACUUUAUGUGUCGGAUGCCAGUGGUAUGGACUUCAGAGCUAUGCUCAAAAAGAGGAAAUACAAACAAUGGGGUGAGAAGAAAGAGGAUCCAGAUUGGGGUGACUUGAAGGAAGUCGAAAAACCAAUCCCUGCUCUAAAGAAAGUGGAAAAGAGACCCAAAAAUAGAAGACCGUCUCUAGCAGAACUGAUUCCGGAUUGGCCGGUGCUACACUCGUUCAAAAAAAACGAGAAACCAGAGUCUUUCUUGAAACCUUUAGUAGAUCAAAAUGCAAAAGAAGGCAAAGAUAAGAAGGUCACGUUCGAAGCCAUUUUCACGAAACCGAACGCCAAACCGAAGUGGUUCUUCCGUAAGGAUGAAUUAUUCCCAGGUUCGAAGUAUAAAAUGACUAACGAGCAGGAUUCGUAUAAACUUAUCAUAUUCAAUCCCAAAGUAGAAGAUACGGGCAAAAUUACUAUUGAAAUCGGUGGUGUUAGUUCUACCGCUUUCUUACAAGUGGAAGAACCUGAUCCUACCUACACCUUUACGAAACACCUUAAGAAGGCCCUUACAGGGUAUACAAAACAUGAAGUCGUCCUUGAAUGUGCUAUUUCUAAUAGUUUGGCUAUUGUGUCUUGGUGGAAAGGAGAGACUAAACUUGAGGAUGGCGAAGAUUUCCAGAUCUCAAAGGAUUUAUCUGGUAUUUGUAAGUUAGUAAUCAGAAAAGCUAAAAUGGAGGAUGCAGGCAAAUAUACAUGUAAAAUUGAAAAACAAGCCGAUAAGACUGAAUGUAAUGUUAAAAUUAUAGAAUACCCUUACAAAUUCACUAAGGUACUAAAAUCACAGCAAGCUAUUGAAAAAGACACUAUUACUCUACUUUGCGAAUUAGAUGACGCAGCUGGUGAUGUGAAAUGGUACAAAGAUGAUCAACCGAUCAAACCAGAUAAGCGCAUUGUGAUAGCGAAAGAAGGACGCAAACGGAAAGUGGUCAUUAAAGAUGCCAAAGUUACAGAUGCUGGCCAUUUCAAGUGUGUUAGUAACGCCGAUGAAACUGCCUGCGAAUUAACUGUCAAAUACUCUAAUCGCUUCAACAAGAAGUUGAAGGAUACAGAGGCAGUGGAAAGGGAUAAGGUCGUACUCGAAAUUGAACUGCAGGAUCAGACCGCUGAAGCGGUUUGGUCAUUCAACGGGGAACCAGUUGUGCCCAAUGAGAGGGUUGAAAUCAAGAACCUGGGCGGAGGUAAACACCAACUGAUCUUUAACAAGCUAGAAAUGGAAGACGAAGGUGAAAUCCUUUGUCAAUCUGGCGAGCUAACUUCUUCUUGUAAGCUAACAGUGAAAAAGGGCGAGUCCAAGCCUCAGAUCGAAUGUCCCGAUGAAUUUAAUGGUCCAGCUGGACAUCCAUUUGUCAUCGAAGUGCCUUAUAAAAUUUUUGGCACGCGACAAACACCGAUUGAGGCUAAAUUAAUCAAAGAUGGUAAAAUUCUGCCUAAUAAAGAAAUUGAGGCAGUAGUUGAACAAGAGAAGAUUCUAUUCAAGAUCAAGAAACCUACAAGAGAAGCUUCUGGCAAAUACCAGAUUAAGCUUUCGAAUGCCCAGGGAGAAGACUCUAAAGAUGUUACCAUCAUUAUGCAGAGUGUGCCCUCAGUACCUCAGGAUGUUGAGGUUACAGAAGUAUUCCAGACAUCUUGUGUAGUUGCAUGGAAAACACCUCAAGAUAAUGGUGGUUCACCAAUCAUCAAAUACGUUAUUGAAAGACAGGAUCUCUCACUCAAAGCUGCUUGGGAUGGUGUAGCUGAGGUAGCACACGGUGAACCUACAAAAUAUAAGGUAGAAGAUCUCAUCCCCAAGAAGACUUAUAAAUUUAGGAUUCGUGCCGUUAACAAGAUUGGCUCCAGUGAGCCUGGACUUUUUGCUAAACCUGUUUUAGCAAAGGAUCCAUGGGAUGAGCCAUCGAAGCCAAAGAGUGUAGAGCUUACAGAUUGGGACAAAGAUCAUGCAGAUCUUAAAUGGCAAAAGCCAGACAAUGAUGGUGGUGCACCAAUUACUGGAUAUGUCAUUGAAUACAAGGAGAAAUUCGGCAAAGACUGGGUAAAAGGUGUAGAAGUACCUGGAGACGCUCUCUCUGCAACCCAGGAUGGACUCAAAGAAGGAGGCACAUACGAAUUCAGGGUUCGCGCGAUUAACAAAGCUGGUCCUGGUGAACCUAGUGACGCAACCAAACCUAUUAUUGCUAAGUGCAGAUUCGUUAAACCUUACAUCGUGGGUGAAGGAUUACAAAGUAUGAUCAUCAAGAAGGGUCAGGUAAUCAGCUUUGACAUAAAGUAUGGCGGAGAGCCUGAACCCGAAGUUAAAUGGAUGCAAGGAGAAGAGAGACGUGGAAAGGCGUACACAGAAAAGGAAGUCCAUGAUGAUGGGGACCGCAUCACUAUUGACAAGUAUGAAAAGAACACCGUCCUGACCGUUCGAAGAACCACCAGGCCCGACAGCGGGAAAUAUAAGCUGAUCCUUACGAACUCAUCUGGCACUUGCGAAAGCAUUGCUGAUGUAGUUGUUUUAGAUAAACCUAACCGUCCGAACGGUCCGAUUGAGGUUGUUGACGUCCGCGCCGAGAAGGCAACAAUCAAGUGGAAGAAACCUGACGAGUUCCAGGGUUCUGACAUCACUGGUUACACACUCGAGAAAAUGGACAUGGAUACUGGCAACUGGGUACCAUGCGGCGAAUGUGGAGCUGAGCCCACCGAAUUUACGGUCAAGGGCCUGACGCCGAACCACAAGUACAAGUUCAGGGUGCGAGCUGUCAACAAGGAGGGCGAGUCCGAACCUUUGGAGACCGAUGGAUUCAUCGUCGCUAAGAAUCCAUACGACCCACCAAAGGCUCCAGGCAAGCCCAACAUCGUAGACUACGACAACAUGUCAGUCACACUACAGUGGGAAGCGCCCACUGACAACGGUGGACGUCCAGUAUUGGGCUACGUCAUUGAAAUGAAAGACAAGUUCACCGCUGACUGGGUUCAAAUGCUCAAGACAGAAGACACUAAGACUGAAGCCAAAGUGGAAGGCUUAAAGGAGAAAAUGAUCUACCAGUUCCGUGUGAAGGCAUACAACAAAGCUGGUGUUGGUGAUGCCUCAGAACCCACCGAGAACCAUCUUUGCAAGCACAGGAACUUGAAACCACGCAUCGAACGCAGCACCUUCAAAUCGAUUAUCAUCAAGGCCGGCCGCACGCACAAGUGGUCCGUCGACGUCACGGGUGAACCUCCACCGGAGACCACGUGGUCAUGGCGCGAGAACGUAAAACUAGUGAACACAGAACGCAUCAAGAUCGAAAACGUGGAGUACCAUACGGACUUCACUAUUGUGAACGCGGUGCGACGCGAUACCGGCAAAUACACGCUCCGCGCUGAGAACUGCAACGGCUUUGAUGAGGAGACGGUUGAGCUGACCGUGCUGAGCAAGCCUAGCGCGCCUAAAGGUCCGCUGGAAGUAACAGACAUCCACGCUGAAGGCUGCAAGGUGAAAUGGGAGAAGCCAGAAGAUGACGGCGGUUCUCCUGUCAAGGAGUACGAACUUGAGAAGAUGGACCUUGCUACUGGCAAAUGGGUCCGUGUUGGCAGAGUCGCUGGUGACAAGAAACCGCUAGAAAUCGAAGUGACCGGCCUGGAACCGGGCCACCAAUACAAGUUCAGGGUGACGGCUGUCAACGAUGAAGGCGAUUCAGAGCCUUUGGAGACCGAGAAGGCUAUAUUGGCUAAGAAUCCCUUCGAUGUCGCUGACAAGCCCGGAAAUGUUGAGGUAGCAGAUCACGACAACCAGAGCGCGGAGAUCAAAUGGGAACCGCCCAAAUCCGAUGGCGGUGCUCCCAUACAGAAAUACAUCAUCCAGAAGAGGCCCAAGGGCGGCGAUUGGGAAAAUGCUGCAGAAGUGCCCGGUACAGCGACCUCCGGCAAAGUGGAAGGCUUGCCCGAGGGUAGCGAAUACGAAUUCCGCGUCAUCGCCGUCAACAAGGCCGGUCCAUCUGAGGCCUCCGAGCCUACCAAGAUGACCACUAUCCGCCACAAGGCCUUGAAACCGCGCAUCGACCGCACGAACCUGAAAGCGCUUGCAGUACGUGCAACAAAAUCCAUCUUCUUCGACGUGAACGUUCGCGGCGAACCUGCGCCCAAGGUGCAAUGGUUCCAGAAGUGGAAGAACGAAGAGAAGGAGGUUACGGAAAACGUAAUCAACGUGGAUUACAACACUAAACUGGACAUCAAAGAGGCAGUACGCUCGAUGACGGGCACAUACCGCAUAGUCGCCACCAACGAACACGGCACAGACGAAGCUGAAGUGGAGAUCACCGUGCUAUCCGCUCCCGGCAAACCUGGUGGACCACUCAAAGUCGCCGAUGUCACGAAGAACGGCUGCAAACUUGCCUGGAAGAAGCCUGAAGACGAUGGUGGAAAACCUGUGACAGGUUACGUAGUUGAAAAGCUCAACAAAGCCACAGGAAGAUGGGUGCCCGUCGGUAAAACUGACGACACUGAAAUGGACAUCAAGGGCUUGCAAGAGGGCGAAGAGUACGAGUUCAGAGUCAAGGCUGUCAACGACGAGGGUGAAUCCGAACCGUUGAAGACUGACCACUCUAUUGUGGCUAAGAAUCCUUAUGAUAUUCCUGGAAAACCAUCCAUACCCACCCUCGAAGAUUGGGAUGUGGACCGAGUGGACCUCAAAUGGGAAGCGCCCAAGAGCACAGGCGGUGCGCCCAUCACGGGCUAUAUUAUUGAGAAGAAGGAUAAAUAUGGACACUGGCAAGAAGCACUUGUUACUACGACGCCAGAAUGCAAGGCCCGUGUGCCAGAUCUGAAGGAAGGCAAUACGUACCAGUUCCGAGUGCGCGCGGUCAACAAGGCCGGCCCCGGGGAACCGGGAGAGCCCACUCAACCGCACGUCGCUAAAGCCAGAUUCCUGAAACCGCACAUCAACCGCGACAAGAUGGUCGCGGUCCGCGUGCGCGCCGGCACGACCAUCAAACUGGACGUCGACAUCAAGGGUGAACCUCCACCGACCAAGACCUGGACGUUUGCCAACAAGGUCGUCGAGAACGGCCCGGGCAUCAAACUGGAGAACGAGGACUACAACACCAAACUGCAGAUCUUCGAAUCCUCGUGGAAGAACACAGGCAUUUACACGCUCAAGGCCGAGAAUGACUCCGGCGUUGACGAAGCCACUGUUGAGAUCACCGUGCUUGAUAAGCCAGGCAAACCUGAAGGUCCACUAGAAGUAUCGGACGUCCACGCAGACCACGUCAAACUGGCGUGGAAGAAGCCCAAACACACCGGAGGUCUACCUCUCAGCGCCUUUAUUGUGGAGAAGAUGGACACCAUCACUGGAAAGUGGAGUCCUGCUGGAACUAUCGAUCCUGACGUCACUGAGGCUACUGUUACUGGUCUAGAAGCAGGUCACACAUACCAGUUCCGCGUAAAGGCACUGAACGAAGAAGGAGAGUCCGAACCUUUGGACACAGACCACGGCAUCCUUGCCAAGAACCCAUACGAUGUACCAGCGCCACCUGGUCUCCCGGACAUCGUGGACUGGGAUGAAAAGUCGGCCAAGCUUAAAUGGGAACCUCCCAUCAGGGAUAACGGAGCUCCUAUCACGGGAUACGUUAUUGAAGUCAUGGAUAGGGAUAGAGGAGAAUUUGUUAAGGCCGCCGAAGUCCACGGCAACGUCUGCCAAGGCACAGUACCAAAGCUGGAGGAAGGCAACCAGUACCAAUUCCGAGUGCGGGCUAUCAACAAGGCUGGCCAAUCUGAACCUUCGGAGAAUACCACCUGGCACACUGCUAAGCCAAGAUUCUUGAAACCAAGAAUCGACCGCACAAACCUGAACCCGAUCACAGUCAAAGCUGGUCUACCCGUCUCCCUGGACGUCAAGGUCUUCGGAGAGCCUCCAGCCAAGGUCACCUGGCACUUCCAGGGUCAGGAGCUGAGCAACCGGGAGAAUCUGGAGAUCAUCAAUGUGGACUAUAACACCAAGUUUCUGAUGACGAAGAGCAAGCGCGCACAAAGCGGCAAAUAUGUGAUCAAGGCCAAGAACGAAGUCGGGGAAGAUGAGGCUGAAGUUGAGAUUAUUAUAGUUGGUAAACCGACCAAACCUAAGGGCCCAUUGGAGGUAGCAGAUGUGACGAAGAACGGUUGCACAUUGUCGUGGAAGAAACCAGAAGACGAUGGAGGAUCGCCCAUCGAGUACUACGAGAUUGAGAAACUUGAUCCUCUUACUGGUCAAUGGAUACCCUGCGGUACCGCCAAGGAUACGAAGGCGAAUGUGACAGGCUUGUCAGAAGGCAAGCCGUACAAAUUCCGCGUGAAGGCUGUCAACAAGGAGGGAGAGUCGGAGGAGCUGGAGACAGAGAAACCUAUUAUUGCCAAGAAUCCCUUCGACGAGCCCGGCAAACCUGGCCGUCCAGAACCAAGAAAUUGGGACAAAGACUUCGUGGAACUGGAAUGGCCCGCGCCAAAGGACGAUGGUGGUGCUCCCAUCACUGGUUACAUCAUCCAGAAGAAGGAAAGGGGAGAAAGGACAUGGCAAGAUUGCUUGCGCACCACCGGCGAGCGUCCGACAGGUCGCGUGACGGACGUGGAGGAAGGACACGAGUACCAGUUCCGCGUCAUCGCGCUCAACAAGGCUGGCCAGAGCGAGCCCUCGGAGCCCAGCAAGCCUGUCACUGCCAAGCCACGAUUCUUGGCACCGAAGAUCGACCGCAAAAACCUACAAAGUAGAAAGAUCAAGGUCGGUCAACUCCUCAAAUUGGAGGCCGAUGUAAAAGGCGAACCUGAACCCACAAUCACUUGGACCUUCAAGGACAAGACCCUCAAGAACGAUGAGAGGUUGAAGAUCGAGAAUGUGGACUACCACACGUCGUUCAACCUCCAGAAGAUGACAAGGGAAGAUGGUGGGAAGUAUAUAGUGACAGCGAAAAAUGACUCUGGUACUGAUUCAGUGGAGAUCGAGAUCACGGUUGUUAGCAAACCGUCGAAACCAAAGGGACCAUUGAAGGUAUCAGACGUCAUGGCAGAUGGUUGCAAGCUCAAAUGGGAGGCGCCAGAAGACGACGGCGGAGAACCAGUGGAGAGCUACGUCGUUGAGCGAAUGGACACGGAAUCAGGAAGAUGGGUGCCCGUUUGUACCACCAAGACGCCGGAAGCUGACGUCACGGGGUUGAACGAAGGAAAGGACUACAUGUUCAGGGUCAAGGCCGUCAACCCUGAGGGCGAGAGUGAGCCGUUGGUGACUGAAACGGCGACCACUGCCAAAAAUCCUUAUGGCGAACCAGAUGCACCAGGCAAGCCCGAGUUCAAAGACUGGAGUGCAGAACACGUGGACCUCAAAUGGGAGAAGCCCGCCAACGAUGGUGGAGCUCCCAUCACUGCGUACAUCGUGGAGAAGAAGGACCGCGACACCGGCAAAUGGGUGAAAGCGGCUGAGGUCCCUGGCCACAAAACCGAAGCUCGCAUACCAGAUCUUAUCGAAGGCAAGACAUACCAGUUCCGUGUGAAAGCUGUCAAUAAGGCUGGACCAGGAAAACCAUCCACAGCGUCCGAAAAUCUACUCGCUAAGGACAGGUUUGCUCCGCCUAAGAUCGACAGGACGAACAUGCGUGACCUCACGCUCAAGGCUGGACAGAACAUCCGGUUGGACGUCAAGGUCACUGGCGAACCACCACCGACUAAGACUUGGUUCCACAACAAAGAACGUCUGUCCACUCGCGAUGACCUGUCAGUAGAUGUAGAAGACUACAGGACGAAGCUCUCAGUGGUGGUCGCGUCACGCAAACACAGCGGCACGUACGUGCUGAAGGCCGAGAACAGCAGCGGCAAGGACGAGGCCACCAUACAAGUUAUUGUAUUGGAUGUGCCCGCUAAACCUGAGGGACCACUAAAGAUCUCAGACGUCCACAAAGAAGGCUGUCAACUCAAAUGGAACGCACCUUUGGACGACGGUGGUGCGCCAAUCGACCACUACCUAGUUGAGAAACUAGACACAGAAACUGGUAGAUGGCUACCAGCACUCAAGACCAAGGAGCCAAAGGCGGAGAUAGAGAACUUGGUUCCUGGACAUGAGUACAAAUUCAGAGUUUCUGCUGUCAAUAAUGAAGGCGUUUCUGAGCCUUUGGAGGGAGAACAGUCCAUCAUUGCCAAGAAUCCCUUUGACGAGCCCGGCAAACCAGGAACACCAGAAAUUCUGGACUGGGACAAAGAGCACGUGGACCUCAAAUGGGAGAAGCCCAUCAAAGAUGGCGGCGCUCCCAUCACAGGGUACAUCAUUGAGAAGAGGGAAGUUGGCUCCACCAAGUGGCUUAAGGCCUGUGAGGUUGGACCAAACGACAACACCAAAGCGACAGUUCCGAACCUCGACGAGGGUACGGAGUAUGAGUUCCGGGUGAAAGCUAUCAACGAGGCCGGACCUGGCGAACCCAGCGAUGCUAGCAAGUCUGUCACUUGCAAGCCUAGGAAAUUGGCACCAAAGAUCGACCGUCGCAACCUCCGCCCCAUCAAAGUACGCGAAGGAGAGCCUAUUGCCCUCGACGUCAAGGUCACGGGAGAACCCGCGCCUGACGUCACAUGGACUCUGAACGGCAAGACCGUCAGCAGCGGCAAUGGUCUGAAACUGAUCAACGUUCCAUACCUGAGCAAGUACCAACAUUCCAGCCCGCGCCGCAAGGACGCCGGCACCUACAAGAUACAAGCCAUCAACAGAUACGGCUCGGACACCGCCGAGCUCGAGAUCAUUGUCACAUCUAAACCAGAUAAACCCGAAGGACCAUUGGAAGUGUCUGACGUCCAUAAGGACGGAUGCACACUGAAAUGGAAGAGGCCUAAGGACGAUGGCGGCGAGCCCAUCGAAGCUUACCAGGUUGAGAAGUACGACACAGAAACAGGCGCUUGGGUACCAGUUGGAAAGACCCUUGGAAAUGUGCCUGAAAUGGAGGUCGAUGGAUUAAUACCUGGUCACGAAUACAAGUUCCGUGUGAAGGCGGUCAACAAGGAGGGUGAAUCCGAACCAUUGGAAACCUUUGGCUCUAUCGUCGCCAAGGAUCCAUUCACCGUACCAGAAGCUCCGUCCGCGCCCGUACCAGACGACUGGUCGGCCACUCACGUGGACCUCAAAUGGGAGCCGCCAGUAUCGGACGGCGGGUCACCCAUCAUUGGCUACCUCAUCGAGAAGAAGGACAAAUACAGCCCGCUGUGGGAGAAGGCAGUCGAGACACACUCGCCCACACCCUCUGCUACUGUCAAUGGAUUGAUCGAAGGCAACGAAUACCAGUUCCGAGUGAUCGCCAUCAACAAGGCUGGUCAGAGUAAACCAUCGGAAGCCAGCAAGAACUUCGUGGCUAAACCACGCUUCCUGGCUCCGAAGAUUGACAGAAGACAUCUUCGCGAUGUGACUUUGUCUGCUGGAUCUACUCUUAAGCUGGAGGCGGCCAUCACUGGGGAACCCGCUCCAGCUGUGGAAUGGAGAUACCAGAAUAUGCCACUCCGCGCAUCCAAAGCGGUCACAAUCGACAGUCCAGACUACUUCACGAAGCUUAUCAUCCGCCCGGUCAGAAGAGACGACUCGGGUGAAUACACCGUCACCGCAGUCAACUCCAGCGGCAAGGACACUGUCACCAUCAACGUGGUGGUCACCGACAAACCGGCCAAGCCUGAGGGACCACUACAGAUCUCAGACGUCCACAAAGACGGUGCUACUCUCAAAUGGAAGAGGCCAAAGGACGAUGGCGGUGCUCCUAUCGAGUACUACCAGGUCGAUAAACUCGACACUGAAACCGGUGUUUGGGUACCGUGCGCUCGUUCUGAGGAACCUAGAUGCGAGGUGACGGGUUUGACUCCUGGCAAGGAGUAUAUGUUCCGCGUUUCCGCCGUCAACACUGAAGGCGAAUCUGAACCUCUUGUCGCUGAGGAUAAGAUAGUCGCUAAGAAUCCCUUCGACGAACCUGGUGCACCCGGCACACCCUCAGUCACAGACUGGGACAAAGACCACGUGGACCUCAAAUGGUCCCCGCCCAGGGAAGACGGUGGAGCUCCUAUCGAGGGAUACAUCGUGGAGAAGAAGGACAAGUUUGGAAACUGGGAGAAGGCCCUCGAGGUCCCGGCUGAUAAGACCACUUGUACUGUUCCUGAUUUAGUGGAGGGACAGACUUAUGAGUUCCGUGUAAGGGCUGUAAACAAAGCGGGACCUGGUGUGCCAAGUGACAGCACACAUCCCAUCGUUGCCAAGCCCAGAAACCUGGCGCCCAAGAUCGAUAGGACUAACCUGAUUGACAUUAAGAUCAAGGUUGGACAAAAGUUCGGAUUCGAUGUCAAGGUUACCGGUGAGCCAAUGCCAGAAACAAAAUGGUUCCUCGCGAAGAGGGAAGUCAAGUCCUCAGGGGAGAUGAAGGUCCAGCAUUCGGAUUACAACACCAAGCUGAACUGCAAGGCUGCCAAUCGAUCUGACAGCGGAAGAUACACGAUAACUGCUGAGAAUUCCAAUGGAAAGGACGUGGCUGAGGUCGAGGUUAUUGUGCUGAGCGCACCGAGCCCACCGGGAGGACCUUUGAAGGUAUCCGACGUCCACGCAAACGGUGCAAAACUUUCCUGGAACCCACCAGCCGACGACGGUGGUCAGCCCAUCGAGAAGUACGUUGUGGAACGUAUGGACGAGGCCACGGGACGAUGGGUCAACGCGGGCGAAACCGACGGCCCGCAAACCAACCUAGCGGUGGACGGCCUACAGCCUGGACAUAAGUACAAGUUCAGAGUUAGGGCUGUUAACAGACAAGGCAAAUCAGAGCCUCUUACAACUCCGCACGCCACAGAGGCAAAGAAUCCCUUCGAUGUCGCUGGCAAACCCGGCACGCCAAGGGUUAAGGACUUCGACAGGGACUUUGUUGAACUGGAAUGGACCAGGCCUGAUACUGAUGGUGGAGCGCCUAUCACUGGAUACGUUAUUGAGAAGAAGGAUCGCUUUGCACCUGAUUGGGAGGAGUGUGCACAGAUCGAAGGUGACGUUACAUCCGGCAAGGUACCAGACCUCAUCGAAGGCAACACUUAUGAAUUCAGAGUUCGCGCAGUUAACAAGGCUGGUAAAGGCAUUCCCAGCGAUGGAACUGGCCCACAUCUGGCCAGACCAAAGAACCUACCGCCCAAGAUCGACAGAAACUUCAUGUUUGACAUUAAGAUCAAGGUCGGACAGAACUUUGAACUCGACGUGCCGGUUGCCGGAGAACCCACUCCAACCAAAGAAUGGCUCAACGGGGACAACAUGGUUCUCAACACAGAUAGAAUCAAGAUCGUCAACGAUGCCCAUUCUUCGAAGAUCAGAGUUAUCGACGCUAAACGCGCCGACUCUGGCACUUAUACCCUCAAAGCGAAAAAUAUCAAUGGAACAGAUUCCGCUACAGUCAAGAUUGUUGUUAUGGACGUGCCAUUGCCACCAGAAGGUCCACUAAGAGUAGAUGAUGUCACCAAAAAUGGCUGCUCCCUUAGAUGGAGACCGCCCAAAGAUGACGGUGGAUGUGAAAUCACACACUACGUUGUUGAGAAGAUGGACCAAGAAAACCUCCGAUGGGUUCCCGCUGGAGAUGUGCAAGGCUGUCACACUCGUAUCGAUCACCUUAUCGAAGGUCACGACUACAAUUUCCGGGUUCGAGCCGUCAACAGAAUCGGCGAAUCUCAGCCCCUCAUCGGCCACGAACCUAUCACGGCUAAAGAUCCCUACGGAACCCCCGACAAACCUGGUACUCCAGUCGUCAAAGACUGGGACAAAGAUCACAUGGACUUGGAAUGGGUGCCGCCGAAGAAAGAUGGCGGUUCACCGAUCACUGGUUACGUCAUCGAAGCGAAGAAGAAGUACGGUCCAUGGGAACUUGCCGCCACGGUACCAGGAAACCAAACCACUGCCACGGUUCCAGGAUUACAGGAGGGAGAAGAAUACGAAUUCAGAGUCAUUGCUGUUAACAAGGCUGGCAACGGAGAGCCGUCUGACGCAUCUGCGUCACAGGUAGCGAAAGCUAGGUUCUGCGCUCCCACCUUCGACAAAAUGCUGCUCUGCGACAAGACUGUCAAAGCUGGACAAAGAAUACAAUACGAGAUCCCGAUAGAAGCAGCUCCGAAACCGACAGUCGAAUGGCAGAUCAACGGCAAACUCGUCCAUCCAUCCGACAGAAUCGAUAUCCAAGUUUUACAUAACAGGGUUAUACUAGACAUUCCAUUUUCCGUACGUUCCGACGGUGGCGUUUACAAAUUGACCCUGAAGAAUGACAUUGGUGUAUGCUCCGCGAGCGCCCAAGUCACUGUACUGGACAAACCUUCGAGGCCCGAGAAACCUUUGGUGGUUUCUGAUGUCACAAAGGACUCUUGUUCGUUAUCAUGGAAAGUUCCUUUGGACGAUGGUGGAUCACCGAUCUUACACUACGUUAUCGAAAAAAUGGAUCUUUCUCGUGGUACUUGGUCAGAUGCAGGAAUGAGCACAUUCUUGUCACACACGGUGACGAGACUGAUUCACAUGAAGGAAUACUUGUUUAGAGUGAGUGCGGUUAACGCUAUCGGUCAAUCCGAGCCAUUAGAAUUAGAUCGCGCUAUUGUCGCGAAGAAUGAGUUUGAUGAACCUUCUGCUCCCGGUAAACCUGAGGCUACCGACUGGAGCAAGAACCACGUUGACUUGCAAUGGACUCCGCCAAAAUCCGACGGCGGAGCACCCAUUACUGGCUAUAUCAUCCAAAAGAAAGAGAAAGGAAGCCCAUACUGGGUUAACGCUGCCCAUGUUCCACCAAAACAAAACAAGGCUACUGUACCUGAUCUGAUUGAAGGCCAAGAUUAUGAAUUCCGCGUAAUUGCGGUUAACCAAGCCGGACAAUCUGAACCUAGUGAACCUUCGGAUAUCAUCACAGCCAAGGACAGAUUUGUGGCACCUAAAAUUCUUACACCACUUAAAGAGAUUCGUAUCAAGGCUGGUCUCAUCUUCCACAUCGAUAUCGACUUUAUUGGAGAACCUAUUCCCGAAGUGAAAUGGACAUGCGAUGGCAGACCAGUCGUUACAAACGAAAGAACCACUGUCACGACAGUUGGUCACCACACCAUCGUUCACACUGUCAACUGUAAGAGGUCAGAUGCUGGAAAAUACCACCUUUCCCUGAAGAACGAUUCUGGAUCCGAUGAGGGCAGCUUCGAUGUUAUUGUACUGGACGUUCCUGGAGCACCACAACCGCCAUUCGAAUAUGAAGAAAUCACUGCCCAAUCGGUUACGUUGUCAUGGAAACCACCUAAAGACAAUGGCGGCAGUGAACUCACUGGUUACGUAAUUGAAAAACGUGAUUUAACGCACGGCGGUGGCUGGGUACCAGCUGUCACAUACAUCAACCCGAAAUACAACCACGCUACUGUACCAAGACUGUCUGAAGGCACGAAAUAUGAGUUUAGAGUAUUCGCUGAAAACUUACAAGGACGCUCUGAACCAUUGGUGACAGACAAACCAGUCGUUGCCAAGAACCAGUACACUGUACCCGGCAAACCAGGCAAGCCAGAUCUCGUUUCUGCGGAUAAGGAUCACAUCACGAUCAAAUGGUCUUCACCAAUUUCCAACGGAGGAUCUAACAUUCUUGGUUAUGAUGUUGAAAGAAGAGACAAGGCCACCGGCCGCUGGAUAAAAAUGAACAGAGAACCUGUCAGAUUCAACGAAUACAACGAUGACAGAGUCCAAGAGGGUCAUCAAUACGAAUACAGAGUGUCCGCUAUUAACGCAGCCGGACCUGGUCAACCCUCUGACUCUUCCAACGUAAUCAUCGCCAAACCAAUGAAGGAGAAACCGAAGUUAUGGUUAGAAGGCCUCAUCGGUCGCAAAAUCAAGGUUAGGGCCGGCGAACCGAUCAAUAUAAACAUUCCAAUUUCCGGUGCCCCUACACCGACUAUCACAUGGGCUAAGGGAACCAUUCCGGUUGUUCCUUCAUAUAGAAUUACAGCUGAAACUAAACCUGACGAGACCAAACUUAGCAUCGAGAAAUCGACUAGAGAGGAUGCAGGUAAAUACACCAUCACUGCAUCUAACGCACAUGGAAAAGACUCUGCCGAUAUUGAAGUCAUUGUGGUUGACAAGCCUGGAAUGCCUAAGGGUCCCUUGUCUUGCAUGCCAGUCACACAUGACGCUAUAAGUCUGACAUGGAUGCCGCCUACGGAUGACGGUGGCAGUGAAAUCACCGGCUACGUUGUCGAAGUUGCCGAAUUCGGGGUUAACGACUGGCGAACAGUCGCCGGAUUCUGUCCCAAAUGCUCAUUUACUGUUAAGAAUUUGACUGAAGGCAAGAAGUACGUAUUUAGAGUUCGCGCUGAAAACUUAUACGGUGUAUCUGAGCCAUUGGAGAGCAAACCAAUUAUUGCUAAACUGCCAUUCGAUCCACCAGAUGCGCCCGACACACCUAGGAUUACUGGUUACAGUGCAAACAGCUGUUCUCUCGAAUGGGAACCACCUGCGAACUGUGGUGGCAAACCCAUCACAGGUUACAUUCUUGAAAAGAGAGAACGCGGAGGUGAAUGGAUUAAGAUCAACAAUUAUCCAACACCGAACACGUGCUAUACAGUCCAAGACUUGCGCGAAGGAAACCGCUACGAGUUCCGCGUUAUCGCUGUCAACGAAGCCGGUCCAGGCAAACCGAGCAAACCUACGGAAUCUAUUGUCGCAGAGACCCAGAGGCAAAAACCAAGUGCACCGGAAGCGCCCAAGCCGGAUAGAGUCACGAGGGACUCCGUCACAUUAUCAUGGAGACCGCCGAAGAGCGAUGGUGGUUCCAAGAUCAAGGGCUACAUCGUUCAACAGAAAGGUAAAGGAGACAAAGACUGGAAGGACGUCAAUGACGUGCCCAUCCCGAGCCUCGUUCACACUGUACCGAAACUUAAAGAAGGCGCAGAAUACCAGUUCAGGGUUAUCGCUGUUAAUGAUAUUGGCAGAUCUGAACCUAGCAAACCAACGAGCGAUAUCACAAUCGCCGAACAACCAAACAAGCCAUGCAUGGAUCUCAGUGGAGUUCGGGAUAUUACCGUACGUGCUGGAGAGGACUUCUCUAUUCACGUGCCUUAUACCGGCUUCCCGCAACCGACUGCGUCAUGGUUUGCUGAUGACAAGCAGCUCGAUGUCGAUGGUGACUCCAGAAUAUUCCAGAAGCUUACGCCUGACUCAGCGUCCCUCGUUGUUAAGGAUGCCAAGAGAUCCGACGGUGGUCAGUACCGAUUACAAUUACGCAAUCCGUCUGGUUAUGACACUGCCACAAUCAACGUACGUGUGCUCGACAGACCUGGGAAACCAGAGAACUUGCGAGCGGAAGAAUUCGAGGGUGAAGCACUCACGUUGUACUGGAACCCGCCCAAAGACAACGGAGGCGGCGAAAUUACCAACUACGUCGUUGAAAAACGCGAAGCCCGCACACCUACCUGGACUAAAGUGUCAGGCUAUGUAACGACACCGUUCUUACGGGUGAAGAAUUUGACAGUUGGCAAGAGCUACGAGUUCAGGGUUAUGGCUGAGAACCAAUACGGUCAAUCAGAUCCAGCGCAGACUCUCGAACCAAUCAGAGCCAGACAUCCAUUCGAUCCACCGAGCGCUCCUGGCGUACCUUACUCGGUCGAAACUACGGAAUCUUCCAUCACGGUUACUUGGACGAAACCGCGUACAGAUGGAGGAUCACCGAUCACUGGUUAUAUCCUUGAGAAGAGGUUAAUAACUGAUGAUAAAUGGACGAAGGCGUCCCACGCACACAUUCCAAACACAACUUAUAAAGUACAAGGGUUGAUAGAGAACCACGAAUAUGAGUUCCGCGUAUCUGCUGUGAACGCAGCGGGUCAAGGACCUUACUCGCAGAGCUCGGAUGCUAUCCGCGCGUGCGCACCGCCGGCUGCUCCUCGGAUCACAAGCGAUCUCAGCCUUAGGGACAUCACGGUCAUUGCUGGGGAAGAGAUUAAGAUCACUGUCCCGUACACCGGAAACCCGAGACCGAAGGUGUCAUGGAUAAUAAACAACGACGAAGUGUUCCCGGAUCACCGCAUCCGCUUCGACACUUCGGACAUUAACACGGUGUUCAUAAACUCGUGCGCCAAGCGAUCCGAUACUGGCUCCUACACUGUACAGCUAAUCAACAGCGAGGGCUCAGACAGCGGCACUUGCAGGGUGCUAGUAGUGGACAAGCCAUCCCCGCCUGUGGGCCCACUGGACGCUUCAGACAUCACGCCAGACACGUGCACGUUGUCAUGGAAACCGCCGCUAGACGAUGGCGGAUCGCCCAUCACCAACUAUAUCGUGGAGAAGUUGGACAAUACUGGAGUAUGGUCAAAGACCUCGUCAUUCGUACGCAAUUGCCACUACAACGUCAUGGGUCUGGAACCGAACAGGAAGUACUUGUUCCGCGUACGUGCUGAGAACCAGUACGGAGUGUCAGAACCACUGACGAUGGACGACUAUGUUACUGCCACGUUCCCAUUCACGAUUCCCGACCCGCCGGGCGUACCGCGCGUCAUCGACUGGGACGGCUCCACCGCCACCGUGGUAUGGGACAGGCCUAGAUCUGAUGGAGGCGCUCGCAUACAGGGAUACAAGAUCGAGUUCCGGGAUAUCCUGGACAAUAUAUGGGCCAGUGCGGACUACCUUGUCAAAGACUGCAAUUACCAGGCCUACAAUUUGGGGCCGGGUCACGAAUACGAGUUCCGCGUGCGUGCCAAGAACGCGGCCGGCUUCAGCAAAUACUCCGCCAGCUCACAUCCCUUCAAGGUCCGUGGCAAGGCGGGACCACCUUCUGCGCCACGAUCACCUCGUGUGCUACGCGUUGGAAGGAACUACGUUGAUCUUUCCUGGGAUCCACCAGCUUCUGAUGGAGGUUCGCGUAUUACCGGCUACAUCAUUGAACGCCGUGAGCUCACAAGCUCCGUUUGGGUCAAGACCAACGACUACACAGUACAAGAUACAACCUUCACAGCGCUCAACCUCAGUGAAAAGGUUGAUUUCGAGUUCAGGAUUAUUGCUGUUAAUUCUGCUGGUAAAUCCGAACCAUCAAGCUGUACAACACCAGUGCGAACCGGGGAAGAAGUCGGUGGGGCUAAACCGGAAUGGCUCAAACAGAUGUCACCAACGAUAUGCGCGCCUCUCGGCAGGCCUUACACUCUCGAGUGUGUGGCAUCCGGCAGCCCAGUGCCCACUGGCCGCUGGCUGAAGAACGGCAGAGAAGUUGUGCUCGGCGCCAGACUAAUCGCGGAGUCUCGCGAGGGUACGCUAAAACUGAACAUUCUGGAAGCGACGGACGCGGACGAAGGCGACUACACAUGCGAGGCUAGCAACAGCCUGGGCAGCAUUUAUUGCACUGCGCAUCUUAAGAUUGGAAGUCCACCACGCAUCACGCGAAUGCCAGGUGACCUCAACCUGCCAGAGCAUGACAACACGAAGAUCAAGAUCCUGUACUCCGGAGACCAGCCCGUUGACGUCACUAUCACCAAAGAUGGCCACAAGCUGUCCGAGACGCCUCACUUCAAAUACACAGUGUUCGAUGAUUACAUCCUUAUAUUCAUUAAGGACAUCACUAAGGAUGAUAUGGGCACAUACAAGCUCACAAUAAAGAACAACUCGGGCGAAAUAUCGGACACAUUCUCGAUAACUGUAACCGGACUGCCCGGACCGCCUCAAGGGCCAUUGGAAGCCUCGGACAUUACCAGACAUACAUGCACCUUGGCCUGGAAGCCUCCUACGUACGAUGGAGGACUACCAGUCACUCAUUACGUUGUUGAGAGGAUGGACAUGACUGGUACUAACUGGAUAACCAUCGCCUCUUGUGUCCGGGAUACCAAGUUCACGGUACUUGGGUUAACGGAGGGACAGGAAUAUAACUUCAGGAUACAUGCUGCUAAUGAUAACGGCAUGGGACCUGGAUUGGAAGGUGCUAGCCCGAUUAAGGCCAAAGCUCCUUACGACCCACCGUCAGCACCUGGCAUUCCCAACAUCUUGGAAGUUGGCGGACACUUCGUACACCUCAAUUGGGAUAAACCCGAAAACGAUGGCGGUGCGAGAAUACAGGGCUACUGGGUAGACAAGCGUGAAGUUGGCUCACAGAGCUGGCAACGCGUCAACCCCACCCUCUGCGUGCCCAACCAGCUCAACUGCGCGAACCUCAUCGAGGGACGCCAGUAUGAGUUCAGAGUCAUCGCACAGAACGAAGCUGGUCUGUCGCCGCCAAGCACCAACAGUCAACAGGUCAAGGUCGUCGACCCGAAGGCGGCAACUCCGCCAGAGGUCGUAAAGCCACUGAGGAACGCCAACUGCAUUCAGUACCACAACGCCAAGUUCACGUGCACCAUCACUGGGUCGCCGAAACCGACCAUCACUUGGUACAAGGGUGCGCGUGAAAUCACCAACGGUCCUCGCCACCGCAUCUGGAGCGAGGGAGACAACCACUUCCUUACAGUCAUGGACGUGUUCGGUGAAGACGCAGACGAGUACGUGUGCCGAGCGGUCAACAAGGCCGGUGUCAAGAGCACCAGGGCGGAACUGCUGAUUAUGACUGCACCAAAACUGAACGUACCACCCAGAUUCAGGGUCACAGCGUACUUCGACAAGGGCGAAAAUGUCGUCAUCAAGAUACCGUUCACUGGACACCCCAUACCGAAGCUCACGUGGGUGCGAGAGGGAGAGACUAUCGAGUCUGGACUUCAUUACCACGUUGAGAGAAAAGAACGCCAUGCCAUCCUUACAAUCCGCGACGCCAGCAAAAUGGACUCUGGACCUUACAGACUCACUGCCGAAAACGAAUUGGGACAAGAUUCCGCCAUUAUUAACAUUGAAAUUAGCGAUCGUCCAGAUCCACCAAGAUUCCCAUCGGUGGACAACAUCGGUGUGGAUUCCCUGGCAUUGUCCUGGAAGGCGCCGGUUUGGGACGGCGGAUCAGACAUCACCAACUACCUGGUCGAGAAGAGAGAACACCCCAUGUCCAGCUGGAUAAGGGUUGGAAACACCAGAUUCACAACAAUGGCCGUCACAAACUUAGUGCCGGGCAAGCAGUAUGAAUUCCGCGUAUACGCUGAAAACAUUUACGGCAGAUCAGAGCCGAGCGAAACAACGUCACUCAUCCAGACCAAGGCCAUCGUCAAGAAAGAGUUCAAGAAGAAGGAAUACCCUGUUGACGAAACCGGCAAGAAGAUCCGUACGAACGCCGACCACGGUCCGGUGAAGGACUACGACAGCUACGUGUUCGACAUCUACAGCAAGUACGUGCCGCAGCCGGUCGACAUCCGGACGUGCUCGGUUUACGACAAGUACGACAUACUCGAGGAGAUUGGUGACUUCGUGAGAGCUUCUUCUAAACGGAAACCACGGGAAGGCACAGGCGCAUUCGGCGUAGUACAUCGAUGCCGAGAACGCUCCACUGGCAAUUACUUCGCGGCUAAGUUCAUCCCGGUCGCGAGUGCGAUGGAGAAGGAGCUAAUAAAGAAAGAGAUAGACAUAAUGAACCAGUUACACCAUCGCAAGCUGAUCAACUUGCACGAUGCGUUUGAAGACGAUGACGAAAUGGUUCUGAUCUUCGAGUUCCUAUCGGGUGGUGAGCUAUUCGAGCGCAUCACUGAGCCAGGCUACAACAUGAGCGAGGCUGAGGCGGCGCACUACAUGCGACAAGUGUGCGAGGGAGUCAAGCAUAUGCACGAACAGAACAUCAUCCAUCUUGACCUCAAGCCAGAGAACGUUAUGUGCACCACCAGAACUGGCACUGACGUUAAGAUCAUUGAUUUCGGCCUAGCCACAAAGUUAGACCCGAAUGAAGUAGUGAAGAUCUCCACUGGUACUGCGGAAUUCGCUGCGCCAGAAAUUGUAGAGCGCGAGCCCGUUGGCUUCUACACUGACAUGUGGGCCGUUGGCGUGCUCGCCUACGUACUACUGUCCGGCCUAUCACCGUUCGCGGGUAACAACGACAUCGAGACCCUGAAGAACGUGAAGGCUUGCGACUGGGAGUUCGACGAGGAGGCCUUCCAACACGUCUCAGAUGAUGCCAAGGACUUCAUCAAACGACUAUUAGUUAAGAGCAAGGAAAAGCGUCUGACAGCUCACGAAUGUCUGGCACACAAAUGGUUGGCUGGCGAUGCCACCGCGGCCAGGACAGCGGUCAUCGAGGCCAGGAGAUACGAACAGAUGCGCAACAGAUUACGACAGCGAUACGAGAACUGGUCAUCAUUCGUACUGCCAAUUGGUCGUCUCAGCGAAUACAGUUCGCUGCGCAAACUGCUCAUCGAGAAAUGGAAGAUUUACGAUGGACAGUUCGAUCGCAGACAAGCGGCGCCGCGGUUCGUGAUCAAGCCACAAUCGGCGUUCUGCUACGAAGGACAAUCCGUCAAACUGUACUGCCGUAUCAUUGCCGUGGCCGCGCCCACCGUCACGUGGUCGCACAACAACCGCGAGCUGAGGCAGUCCGUCAAAUAUAUGAAGAGAUACGCGGGCGAUGACUACUACUUCAUCAUCAACCGCGCGCGGCUGGAAGACCGUGGGGAGUACAUCAUCAGGGCUGAGAACCACUACGGAUUCAGGGAGGAGGUUGUCUUCCUAAACGUACAACCGGUUCCCAAAGUCCAACGUCAACAUGUACCGGAAGAGCCGCGUCGCCGUGAAGCCAUACCUUAUACCUUCUGGCAAGAGUCGAGCGAAACGGCUCCUUCCUUCACUUUCCUGUUGAGACCGCGUGUGAUGCAGGCCAGAGAUACGUGCAAGCUGCUCUGUUGUCUGAGUGGCAAGCCCACACCAACCGUCAAAUGGUACAAAGACAAACGGGAGUUGUCUAAAUACGACUACAGAAUGGCGAACUCUGACGGUGUAGUGACGAUGGAGAUCAUCGACUGCAGGCCGGAGGACAGUGGGAAAUACUCCUGUGUCGCCACCAACGUGCACGGCACCGAUGAAACGUCUUGUGUCGUCAUCGUUGAGGGUGAAGUAGUGAGUGAGGAGCAGGCGACGCUUGCGCAUAACCUGCUACACUCGAGUGAGAGGCGCUACAUUGAGAAGCCGCUCAAACCCGCGCCGCCGCCCAUCAUCACCAAGACUAAGGUGACAAUCGACCCGCCGAACAAAUCAGGACCAAGACCAAAAUACUCGCCACAGAGUUCAGUAGACGCUAAGAAGUAUGGCGCAAGAUUAGACUCGGAUACGUCUUCUAGGUCGAGAAGCGCGACUAAGGAACUUGUUUUACCAGCAUCAGACUCUUCAAUGUGCAAGCCCACGUUUGCCCGCGCGCUACCGGACGCCCUGACCGCUAAGGAUGGGGCGCCUCUACUGCUGUCGUGCUCGUUGAGAGGUGACCCCGACCCUCGGGUCGAGUGGUACAAGGACGGCAAACCCCUGCAUUCGUCAGAGGUUGUCAACCUGAAGUACAAGAACGGCGUAGCGUCGCUGGCGAUCUACGAAGUAUUCCCUGAAGACGAGGGCGUAUACUCGCUCAAGGCCAUCAACAGCCAGGGCGAGACUGAGACCAAGUGCAACGUCACCGUUAAGAGCCAAACAGCGGAAGUCGCGCCGCCCAAGCCCGACAAGCCACCGAGAAUCGUCGACCACGCCGUCUCGCAGAUCGUUCACGACGGAGACCCCGUCACGUUGUCUUGCAGAAUCGCAAACGCGGAGAGAUUCGACGUGGUAUGGCUCCACAACAACAAGGAAAUCAAACCUUCGAAGGACUUCCAGUACUCAUCUGAGGCCAACAUCCACAAACUACACAUCGCUGAGAUAUUCCCUGAGGAUGCCGGCGUAUACACAUGCGAAGCGUUCAACGACUCGGGUGAAUCGUUCUCAUCGUGUACAUUGGUCGUAUCGGUGUCGGGAGAGACGCCCGCCACGCCGCAGUUCAAGGGCUUCCCGGGCUCUUCGACCGUUUCCAGCGGCGAGCCGGCCGUGUUCGUCACUGAACUGGACAAGCCACCACUCCAGCUCCAAUGGUUGAAAGACGGCAAGCCCAUCGACGAAUCAUCGAGCAGAUACAAGUUCAUGAUGGCAGGCACUUCCGCUUACCGUCUGGAGAUAGUUAGCACCAGCGCAGACGACAGCGGCCAGUACACGGCGCGCGCCGUCGGCUCCAAGGGAGAUUCCUUAGCCGCCUUCUACUUGAACGUAGUCGACAAUUAAGAAAUAAAUAAACGAACAAAUCUCAAUACAAUGACUGACAUAUAACUUU